GCCUCUCUGUCCUAUUGCGUGGGAGUGACUCAGAGCUCCCGUCCCUUUUCGCUAGGCUUUCUCGCUGCUUAGUCCUCGCACCACGUGGCCCUCCUGGCCACGCCCCCCCCCGCUGCCCUUUCCAACCGCCUGUUGGAAGCUGCUGUAAAAUGUCGUGAGGGGCGCUGCCGCUUUACGGUUGCCUCUCCCAGACCAGAGCCCGGGAGCGCCCACCGCCGUCAAUCCUGUCUGUAAGAGUCGGCCUGGCGGAGAGUGAGAGACCCGGCGCUCCGCUGCCCUCCCCGCCGCGCCCGUUCCGGCCCCCGGCGAUGUGAGCUCGAGGAGGCUCCGGUGCCCCCUGGGCCGGGGUUGAGACGAGCGGCAGGUGCCUGUGAGGCGGGUGGGUGCUGGGGGCCAGCAGGAUGGAGGAAAGCAUGGAAGAGGAGGAGGGGGGCAGCUACGAGGCGAUGAUGGAUGACCAGAACCAUAACAACUGGGAGGCCGCUGUGGACGGCUUCCGGCAGCCCCCGCCGCCCCCGCCGCCCCCCUCGUCGAUCCCAGCCCCUGCCCGGGAGCCUCCGGGGGGACAGCUGCUGGCGGUGCCCGCGGUCUCGGUGGACAGGAAGGGCCACAAGGAGGGGCUCCCGAUGGGGCCGUCGCCACCGCCGGAGGCCAAUGGGGUGAUCAUGAUGUUGAAGAGCUGCGACGCGGCCGCUGCCGUGGCCAAGGCGGCCCCCGCCCCCACCCCCAGCUCCACCAUCAACAUCAACACCUCCACCUCCAAGUUCUUGGCUGACAGUUGGCUGUGGCUCUUCACGUGCCGUCUCAUUCUGAGGAGAAGCUCUUUCCUGGAUCCUGGGCGUUCUUGGCAGAGGCGAAGAGAAGAGGGGAUAGAAACACAACGGCUUUUACAGCUUCUGCUCAGAUGUAGCAUAUGUCACAUCUGCUCGUAUUGUGUGUAUAAAUGUGUAUGCCAGCAGCACUCGGAACAGAUGUAUAGUGAUCUGAUUAAAAAGAUAACUCAUCACUUAGAGAGAGUCUCAAAGGAGCUGCAGGCCAGCCCUCCGGACGUCUACAUUGAAAGGUUUAAUGUGGCUCUUGGACAGUAUAUGGGAGCGCUGCAGAGUAUCGUGCCUCUUUUCAUAUAUAUGAAUAAGUUUUACAUCGAAACCAAGCUUAACAGAGACUUAAAAGAUGACCUUAUAAAGCUGUUUACGGAACACGUUGCAGAAAAGCACAUUUACAGCCUAAUGCCUUUACUUUUAGAAGCCCAGUCAACACCAUUUCAGGUCACACCUUCAACUAUGGCAAAUAUUGUGAAAGGCCUGUACACUCUCAGACCAGAGUGGGUUCAAAUGGCUCCAACUCUAUUUUCUAAAUUUAUUCCAAACAUUCUUCCUCCGGCGGUGGAAUCUGAGCUUUCUGAAUAUGCUGCUCAAGAUCAGAAACUUCAAAGAGAACUUAUACAGAAUGGUUUUAUGAGAGGUGACCAGUCCCGCAAGAGAGCUGGGGAUGAGUUGGCUUAUAACAGCUCAUCAGCAUGUGCAAGUUCCAGAGGGUACAGAUAGUGAAUGUAUUGAAUGUACUUUCCUUCCUGAAAAAAGGACACACUGGAGCUGCAAAGACUGUGUUCAGAGCACAGCGGGGGCCUGCACUUAGGCUCUGCCACAAAGCUGGUCUUGGAAGAGGAUGGUGGACUUCUUACUUUGGUUUGUAAUUUUAAAAAACAAAAAACUAACAUGCAAAAACACAAACACAGUCAGUUGCUGCUAGACUUGGGGAUCAUUUUGAAACGGGGCAAUCUUUUAAUGCGUUUAUCUGCAGAUUCCGUGAGGAACAAGCAUCUUGGAAAGUGACCAUUGCUAAAUAAAACCCAGCAGCCCAACUCAGCAGCUUCCUCCAAAAGUAUAAAAGCAGAAGAAUCUUUUUUGUUUUUUUAAGCACUUGUUUUGUUCAUUUGUGGACUUGGCACUUCAGCAUAUUGGUUUCACACAUCAAGAUACCGUUUGCUUUAAAACCAAGCGGAUCAUUACAAUCCAGUAUUUUUCACCCAUAACCAAAAUAAACCCCUUUAGAAAAGAGUUGGUCUUUGAUUACCAUUAGACAGUCUUGUUAAAGGAAAAUGCUAACUCUGCUUUUGCUAUAACUUUUCCCCCAUCAGUCCACAACUUUUUUCUACUCUGUGCCUUGAGCUUUGUGCACUUUGCAACUCUGUGACCAUGUUGUCAAAUUCACAAACGCUUCCUGACAAAGUGUAUGGUGUCACGGACUAACCCGCCAACAUGGCAGGUCUGACUUCAAAGCAGGAUGCUAAAUAAGUGGGGAAGUAGACACACAUUGCACACUGGUCAGAUUCCCCCUGCCUCACCAUGACAUACUCAUGUUAAUGUUGGGGACCAACUCUUGUAGAACAUUUCCAUUCCCUCUAUCACCUAACACGAUUUCACUGGCUGCCGUGGUAUCAGCAUCAUGUUUAGAGGUGGCCGGGACUUGAGCACUAAAGCUCCCUUUUUAAUAUUGUUGAGAAUUAUCCAACAGUAAAAGCUGGUUCCUGGGAUGCUCUAGGAAGCAGAUAUGGUUAUUAAAUCCAAAUAUAAUCAGUGGUGUGGGAUCCCUGAUCCAUUUCAUUUGAAAUAAGUAAGAUAAGUACUUAAAAAAAAGGUCUGCAGUCUGUCUUUUAAACGCUGUGUUUGAGUGUGAUAGAGAAGGCCAGCACUGCCGUAGGAGGCGUGCUCUCAGCGGCGGCAAAGCUGACUCCUGUUUUCUACGCCCACAGUGCAGUUUAGCUCCUUAUAAAAGACUCUGAAGCUUAUUCUGGUUGUUGUUGAAAGGCAAAGAAAAAUAGGGAGAUGUGGCAAGCAAAAACCAUUUUUUCCCCUCAGUUUUGCUUGAAUCUAACUUGAGCGUAUGCUUGAGUCUAUUGGGGAAUGUCAGAUUAAUAUUUACCUCUUUAGAGAACUUGGAGCAGAAAAGAAGACAUAUCAGAGAUACUGUCCCACUUUGCAAGUUUUCCAUAAGAGUUGCCUCUGCCAAUUCAGUUUGUCCUUUUUGGGGGGCGGGGGGGGCGGGGGAUCUUGGGAGCAAGUACGUCAUCUAAUAGAAGUCCUAUAUUUGUAAGCGUACUAUUCAGAGAAGUACAAGUAAAGGUUGUCAGAUUUAUUUUUUUAAGUACUUAUCGAGCAGAGUGGGUGGGUUUUGUGGAGAACUUGAAUUAGACUCAUUUAACUCUGUGAGCAUCUUAGAUUAUAUUGAUAAACACUGAAAUACUGUAAGAAUACCUGCAGGUUCUCAUUAUGCCCUGUGCAGUUUGAUUUGCUACACAAGUAACGUUCUAGUAUCGAGGAAAAAUUCCGUUUUAUCAUGAAGUCCAAAUUUUACUCUUCUUAACAGAAUGCUUGCUGCAGGCUUAUCAAUAGCACUUGCAGCUGAAGUCGCUCCCGAGGGGUUUUAAUAAUAUUUCCGAAAGGAAUAAAAUUGGAAUGUUUCUUUAAAUGUGGAAGAAUGCUUCAGUAUUUUAAUAAUAUACCCAAAUGCUUUUUCUGGGAGAGACAUUUCUUCUUUGGCCAACAGUGGACUUUUCCCUCUAAAAGCAUUAUAUUAUGAUGUGAAUUGGCAUUAAAAUGUUUGGAUGUUUUUGUAUUAUUAAGUUAAUGGAGAAAUAUUGUACAUUGUCUUCUUUUUGUUACUAUAUAUGUGUUAACAAAAAGCAGAGUAAAGAUGGCAAGAUUUAGUUUCUCUGAAUGUUUGCGCAGUGACGCAGCCAGCUGGGUCAGGGCUUGGUGCUGCACGUGGAAAGAACGCGCUCGUCCUCCUGCGCUUGUGACCUGGUGGUCAGUGUUUUUACCCCUUGAGAUACGCUGCAGGAUGAAGAACCGGUUUCUUUAUUUCAAGUCAAAAUUGACCUUGCUUAUUUUAAUCGGGAUUCUCAACAAAAUUCUUAGUUUGCAACAUGAGAGGGAACAAGGUCUGUCCUCCGUUUUGUGUUGACUCAGCUCUGUCUGGAGCAAGUGCUCUCGACCCCUGUUCGGUUGGACUCCUGCCAGGACAGCAGACAGUUUCUCCACGCCCGUUAAAUACUGGCUUGUGGGGCCCAGGUCACUGAAGACAGCAAAUCGUACACACGCUCGAUUUGGCUAAACUGCUGGUGUGUGUGUGCAGCCUGAAUCAAGACCCUCCAAAAGACAGCUGGGUCCGUCACCUUGAGGUAAUGACGAGUCAGAGUAUAAGGAGGCGCUCAUGGUUUUGUGAGUCGGUACUUAUUUCCAAGGUUGGCCUGAAUCUUCAGUUACAGUGUCAUCUUAUGUCCUCUGUUGUCAUAGCUGCACCCUAGCCCAACCGGACCUGCUCCUUUGUUUCCUGCGGGGCAGAAAGCAAAGCCUGGUAUAGUGACUCCAAAGCUAAUAGUUCUUAGGUCGAGUUGGUGAGAAGAAACACAAACCUGGAUGCGUGAGUUGUGCAUUAUUACAUUUUAUGGAAACAUUACCCCUCCCCUCCCGUCCCCUGUCCCCCAUCCCCCGUCCUCCAUCCCUUUUACAAGUUUGAGGCAGUUCCCCUCCGUUUCUUCGGGGUAGAGGAUGAAACCCAUUUGUGAGUGAGAUUGCAGGACACAGGCCCACAGCCACAAUGCUGCCCUUGCAUCUCCAUCCUGCAGCCCUGUAAGGCUGCCCCUCCCCUUGCUUUCUGUCGGGUUGCAAAUUUGCACACAAAGAAUUCCUCAGGAAGAGUUUGCACCUGCAUCACCUCGCAAUAUUCUGUACUGACCCCUAAGGGAUUUGAAAGUCCUUCAGCACAAAAGGAGAACUUCGGAGUGGUGGUCUGUGCACGUGUACUAGCAAAGGUAGUGGUGAUCUAGCAAACACAACCAGUUUCUGCAGGUAUGAAGUGAGCAGAGACACCUGUACCAUAGUAUUUAAAUAAGCCACUUCAUCUCCCAGAGUAACCCGCCCGGAUCUGUCGUCGUCUUACUGAGGCUGGCUGUGUUCUGUUUUAUUACAAUUAUGUCCAUGAUUAUUACGCAAGAGGUAUUGCCCUUGAGCUAGAAGUCAAUUGUUUAAUAAGCAGCUAUUAAAAUAACGGAACAUUGUUUUAUGAACAUACACUGAUCUGAGAUACGAAAAACUUUACAACUAAAAACUAACAUUAAAAGCCUACAUUAGCUAUCCAGUCAGUAUUUGGAUGUUUUGAGCUGAUUUUUUUAUGGUGUUUCAUUGAGUUUCAGAGUGUGAUGUUUACUUUACUCCAGGUCUGGACCUCUUAAGGGAACUUUAAAAUUUAAGAUAUGAAUGUGAAUCUCUUGACUGAUGCCUAUAAGAGGGUUUUAGGACCUUGUUGGUUGUGAUCACUGUUUUCAAUAAGAUUGCAUAAGAUGAAAUUCAUGUUUAUCAGAAGUUAAAAUAGAGGACAGAGUAGUUCAUGGAGAAAUGGCUUUCCUGUGACUUCCAUUAGCUUGUUGAAACAUGCCCGUUUCUGGCCACCAGUAUAUGUGAAAGGACUCCUAUUCCUUUUCAAAGGAGAUUAUUUCUCUUCUGUCCCUACUGUUUGGUAACUGAGUCAUUGCACCUUCCCUCCUACACUGGCCGGGACCCUGUUUUGAGUGUCUUUCCAGAGCUGAGUGGCACAAGUAUCUAUACUCUCUCUGCUUAUGUUGAUGGAGUGGCUGUGGGAGGAUUGACGAAAACACUAAGCAGAGACGCCUUCUUCCAGGACCCGGGUAUAUGUACCUCUGCUGGAUAGAAACUCGCUUUGUUUCUGGUUGGACUGGAUUGUUCAGAAAAGUGUUAAUGGCUUACAAUUCUGGGAAGUUUGUAGCGUGGCUCUAAGUUGAAUUCUGUGGUUUGAGAAAAAUAAAUAUUUUGUAUUGAUUCCCACAUGUCAUUUCAGUGUUGUGACUGUGUACUGAAUGCAAUAAGAUUGUAGAUGCUCUCUUAGAAGGGUAUGUUUUUUAAAACAGAUGGCAAUUUAAUUGCUCUCAUUAGUCCUGUUUGUCAAUAUUACAGCCAUGCAAUUCAGGAGAAAUUAUUCAAAUGUGAAGUGGUGAGGAGCUGUGGCAGUCAUGCUUAUGAAUAAAGGGAAGGUCACAUGCAAACAAGAGGCCUUGUCACCCACCAGCACAGCCAGAGCAAGGCUGAAGCAAUGAAAUCUAGUCCCUGGUGGUGCUUGUUUGUUGGAAAGCAUAGUGGGGCUUAGAACAGGGCGUUCUGUACGUCAGCUUUUUUAUUAAUCCCAGAAAAACAAUAUGGUGGAUGAAAUUCUUAUUGACCUGGGAUUCAAAUCCACUGACUUUGGCUCUGACCUUUAACUCUUGAAGGUUUUGAAUCAGUCCUUCUGUAUUAGGGUGUAAACCAUCGCUUUGAAAACAUUGUGGUUAAUGAAAUAAAUCUUGUACAGAUGUCCUUGGCCUUGUUAUGUUGAUACCUGGUUUACUGGAACUUUGUUGUAAUACAGAACAUGAUGAUUUUGCUUAUA